GGUCUGGAGGUCCUCGAUGGUGAAUUGGGAGGGGUCGAGAGAGGCAGUGUCGAAGUCGUCAUCGGAGGUGGGUUGAGUGGUGUCGUUAUGGAAAGAGAGGGGGCGGGAGGGAGCGGGCGCGGACUGGUGAUGGGGGUGGAGGAGUCGAUCAUGGUGAAGCAUGCGAGAGAGGAGGUCAACAAGGGGCAUGUCGGGUUCGUGGGCGAGGGCGGUGGCAAGAUCUUUGUGGCAUACUCGCUUGAUGCGGGAGAUGAACGCAAAGUCGGGAAUGACGGUGGUGGGGAGGUGAUGGCGGAGGGAGCGGAUGUAUUGGACGAAGAGGGCUGUGGGACCGGUUUGGCGGAGGUGGCAAAAUUGUUCGAGGAUCAAGGCGGCAACGAGAAGCAUGGUGCUGAUGACGUGGCACGGCGGCGAUGGUCUCGACGACGACGAUGUCAUGGCACAGCGGCGACGGAGGUCUUGAUGACUGCGGUGAUGACGUGGCAUGGCACUGAAGGUCACGGCGACGAAGGGGGAGCGAAUCGCUCCGAUACCAGUGUAACGAGCGUGAGGCUGAGGACACAUUUGUUCCUCAGCAAAGGCGAAUCAUCAUCACGGCUAGCAGUCACUGCAGAGGCUGAGAAGAUUGUACGGCAUGUGCGGCACCUGGCAGUUUUGGUUCUGAUUGAUGCGAUCGAUUUGGAUAGCCUUCUGGUAGCCGUUUCGAAGGGUAUUCCUUUCAGAGAAAAGUUCCACCCAUUUUCUGAGGAGGAGUUGACCGAGGUGCACAAGCUGAUGGAAGACCUUGACCCUAUGAGCUCUGAGGAUCAUGCAUUUCUGUUGAUGGCGUGGGCAGUGGUGCUUUGCCUAUUUUCAUCGCUGCCGGAUGUAUCGAGCUCCUCCGUUUCUUCCCUGACCGUUGAGAUGUCAAAGCAACGGUCAGAGGAUGGUGCUGCCAUUUCCCACCUCAGGCUUGGCAUGUGCUGCCUCAGGCAGAAGAACGGGUUGGUGAAAUAGGUUUGGGCACAGCGGUGAAGUAAUGUCAACUCAGUUAAUGAUUGAGCAGUUGUGUGGAACUCAAACCCAAAGUCAAUUGUGAGUAGAGAGAAUUAGCAGAAGGUGAAUGAAAAGCAAAGGUAAAC